AUGAUGAUUCCGCAUCGCAGCACGGCUCUUUUGGCCAUCAUUGUUUUUGUUGCCCUCCUUCUAUUUAUCUUCUCCUCCUCCCCCAUCCCCAAUACCACCGCCGCCGAAGGAGAAGAAACAGUUUCAGGUCCUGCCAAGUAUCUACCUCAGCCGCACCUUCCUUCCUUGAGUGAUCUCAAACUUCCGACAUUCCGAGCCCCUUCACACGAACCGCCGCCGGUAGAAACCAACAGCACCAGCGGCGAGUCCAAAUGGUUUAGCAACUGGGAAUGGCUGAACCCUUUUUCCUCCGCCAUCACUUUGGAUGAAGAUCGCUCCGUCCUCCCCCCUCUGCAUGAUCGUCGCCCGAUCUACACCUACUACAAUCCGAAAUACAAUCCCAAAAAACACUCCAGCAGUGAGCAGAAGGAGGAUCAAAAUGCCGACGCUGAGCUUCUUCUGGCCUGGCGGCGAGCUUGGUUCGCCCAGGGGUUCCGGCCAAUCGUCUUGACACCGGGAGAUGCGAUGAAGAAUCCGCAUUAUGAAUUGGUGCAGAAACUCACCAUUUCACCCGAGCUGGAGAAUGAGAUCUUCCGCUGGCUGGCAUGGGGUCACAUGGGAACUGGACUACUCGCUGAUUUCGAAUGCUUCCCGAUGGGACGAUACGACGACGAUCUUUUGAGAGCCCUCCGACAAGGCACCGAGCCUGAAUUCAUCAUCCGGUUCGAUAACUUCCAGGGCGGUCUCUAUUCGGCAGAGAAGCAGCGCAUCGACGAGGCAAUUGACGGUGCUGUGAAGAAGAUGGAUGACAAAACUACUUCCUUUGGGGACCUUAUCAAUCCAGAGCUCUUCAAGGUAAUGAGCCCCAGCAGCCUUGCUUAUUACAAGCAUGCUACUAUCAACUCUCGCUACCCUACUUUGCAAGAGAAAAUGAGCCACAGCCCGUCCAAUGGACGGCUGCUUUUGGCACAGCUAGUCAAUUCCCACCUUCACAAUACUUUCCAGAAUUCGUUCCCAGCCGGGUUAGCUGUGUUGAAGCCUUUCCCUCAGCAUACCACUGCCCUGGUGGAACCCGCAUUGAGACUGGCCAAGGCACUCAUCCAGUGCCCAGACUCUCCAGUCCCUGAUUCUUGCCCACCCAACCUUCCCGAUUGCCGUCCCUGUGGCUCUUCGAAGCAGCCCAUGCUCAUUAGUCAGCCGUCUACCUACAAAAAGACCAAUUUCCUCUUCACCAUUGGCACCCUACCACAUCCAUACACUCUUGUCAGUCUACAAAAGAGCUCCGACGAGGUUACCACACGCCAAAUCCGUCGGGAAACUGAGCGAGAUGCGUGGCUAAGUGACGUGACCAAGGAAGACCUUGGUCCAGAGAUGGGCAGCUCCUGGAGGGGCAUGGCGUUCAAGCAGGUUGUGGCUGGAGAUCAGGCCGUUGCCACAUCCCUGUGGAUGACCGUUGAAUCUCUUCCUGCGGAAGCUGGUCAGAGCCUUCCUUCUGAGCUCUUGGAUGAGUUUGAAUGGCAAUUUGGAUUCAAGAUUCCUCGUACCGGUACCAUCGACCCGACCGCAGCCAAUGACAAGGAAAGCGUACAAAACAAAAACCCAAGCCAGGAAGGCGUUGGCAGAGAGUAUGAGCUGCUCCAGAAGGCCAGGAACGUGAUCAGCAGUGAAGAGCCUGCAAGUGCGAGUAAGAGAAAUGUUGCUGAAGCCUGGAACCUGGCUGAUACGGAGGUUUGGCGAUUCGUCAAGGCUUACCGGGCUCGGUCCGUUGUUGAGCGCAAAAGAUGGGAAGAGGAGGAGAGGGGAUUUGCGGGCUCGAAAGCAUGA